AUGGCGUCUUCUGCUCCCCUGGACUUUGACUUGCUGAACCUCUUGGAGCAGCUCAACCAGGAUGAGCUGAGCACGUUCAAGGCCCUGGUGAGGACGCUGGCCCUGCAGAAUGAGCUCCAGCAGGUCUCCCCGGUGGAGCUGGACCAGGCUGGUGGGAAGCAGCUGGCAGAAAUUCUCACCACGCGCUGCCCCCGCGACUGGGUGGAGGUGGUGGCCAUCCAGGUUUUUGUCAAGAUGAAUCGAGCAGAGCUGUCUGAGAGAGUGAAGGAUCAGCUCAGAGAAAGAGCUUUGAAAUCACUUCAAGCCAACAAGCCUCCAUCAUCCGGGAUGACUUGGACAGAAAAACCACCAAGGGAAGACCUGGAAGAAAUUCUGCAGCGUUUAGAAGAGAGAGAACCCG